UGGCCACCAGAGGGCGCGCGGCCUCUACCGCCCCGCCCGCAGCGUUUGCGCCUGCGCCUGCGCCGCGCCGGGCGCCCGGCGCCAGGCCUCCGCCCCCCUUCCCCAACGGCCGCCCCGCCUUCCGCCCCAACGUUCCGCCUCCGUUGCCCCUAGCGGCUGUUUGUUGACUUCCGGGAACGCGGCAGUUGCCGAUGUCCGGGGUGUCGCUAUGGGGCCCCGGGGGGCUUCCGCAGCCCGCGUCGGGGCUGAGAAGCUGCCGUAGACCCCGCGGAGUCGCCCCCGCCACCUUCCCGGUUCAGGCGCAGGCUUCCCGCACCGCCUUCGGCAUGGGGGAAUCCGAGGAGGUGGUACCCGAUUCAGGUGCUGUGUUUACUUUUGGAAAAACUAGAUUUGCCGAAAAUAUUCCCAGCAAAUUCUGGUUUAAAAAUGAUAUACCUACAGUUCUUUCCUGUGGAGAUGAACAUACUGCAGUUGUUACAGGAAAUAAUAAACUUUACAUGUUUGGCAGUAACAACUGGGGCCAGUUAGGAUUAGGAUCGAAGUCAACUGUUAGCAAGCCAACGUGUGUCAAAGCUUUAAAACCUGAAAAAGUGAAAUUCGCUGCCUGUGGAAGGAACCACACCCUAGUCUCAACAGAAGGAGGCAAAGUGUAUGCAGCUGGAGGAAAUAAUGAAGGACAGCUGGGACUUGGUGACACCGAAGAGAGAAACACUUUUCAUCUAAUUAGUUUUUUUACUUCCCAGCAUAAGAUUAAACAGCUCUCUGCUGGAUCGAACACUUCAGCUGCGCUAACUGAGGAUGGCGAGCUUUUUAUGUGGGGUGACAAUUCUGAAGGGCAAAUUGGUUUAAAAGAUGUAACUAAUGUGUGUGUCCCUCAGCAAGUGACCGUUGGGAAGCCUAUUUCCUGGAUCUCUUGUGGAUAUUACCAUUCAGCUUUUGUAACAACGGAGGGAGAACUGUACACGUUUGGAGAACCAGAGAGUGGGAAGUUAGGUCUUCCCAAUCAGCUGCUUUGCAACCACAGGAUGCCCCAGCCGGUGCCUGGAAUUCCCGAGAAGGUGGUCCAGGUAGCUUGUGGUGGAGGGCACACGGUGGUUCUCACAGAGAAAGCCGUGUAUACCUUUGGGCUGGGACAGUUCGGUCAGCUGGGUCUUGGUACUUUUCUUUUCGAAACUUCAGUACCCAAAGUCAUUGAGCAUAUUAAGGAUCAGAAAAUAAGUUCUAUUUCCUGUGGAGAAAAUCACACAGCUCUGAUAACAGAUAUAGGUCUCAUGUAUACUUUUGGAGAUGGUCGAUACGGAAAAUUAGGUCUCGGACUGGAGAACUUUACCAAUCAGUUCAUUCCCACUUUGUGCUCUCAUUUUUUGAGAUUUAUAGCUCAAUUGGUGUCUUGUGGUGGAUGUCACAUGCUAGUUUUUGCCGUUCCAAGACUUGGUGGGACAGAAGAAAUUGAGUUAGAGGAAGUUAAGGAUGCUUGCUUCCAUGCAGCGGCUUCUCUGCCCCUCAGCGAUCUGAACUCAGGAAAUGUUUUGCAAACAACUCUAUCAGCACGUGUGCGGCGACGAGAGAGGGAGAAAUCGCCUGACUCUUUUCGAAUAACACGAACACUACCUCCACUUGAAGGGAAUCCUGUGCCACCUGUUUGCUUUUCCCCCAUUCCAGUUCCUUUCCAUAUGUCUGCAAUUAAUCUGCCAGAGACCAUGAUACCUGAAGAUGAAGACCUCAUGCAGCCAAUGGAACCAGAUUAUUUUCAAGAUAAAAUGACCACAGAGAAAGAGACAGACAUUUCUUCAGCAACAGAUUCAGAAAGCCUUGGAGAAACUACUGAUGUUUUAAAUAUGACACAUAUGAUGAGCCUGAAUUCCAAUGAAAAGUCAUUAAAAUUAUCACCAGUUCAAAAACAAAAGAAACGAGAAACAGUCGAGAAACUGGAGCAGCAUACAGCUCACUUUGAAAAUGAUGGUAGUAAAGAGCGUGCAAGUGAAGAGACGUCCAGAACGGUGAAAGAGGGGAAAGUAUAUAGACAGCUGGUGGCAAAGGGAACGUACAUGCUGCCAGUACCUGGGACUGGGCGCGCGUUUUCAUAUGAGGACUUAGGCGAGGAGUGGGGCCAGCCGGGGCCUCAGGCUGACACCCAUGCCGAGGGUGUGCGCAAAGAGAUAUUUAGAUGUGAGAGCAAGCACGGUAUUUACCCACCUGAUGGUAGAGAGAUAGAACGGGAAAGCGAUGGAGGCAAAAGUCUGAAGGACUCAGAAACGGAAGAAGCAGUGUCUGAGAGAGGAGCUGAGCUGCCGGAAAUGGCAGGUCUGAAGGAUAUGAGACAAAGUGAAGAGAAUUUAAGAUAUAUGAAUAUGUUCUUUGACGACUUACCAAAUAGAGAUGUGGAUAUUGAGGAUGAAGAGAGUGAACGCUUUGUUAAGGACAGUAAGAGGAACAAGCAAGACGUGAUCUUUGACAGUGAAAGAGAAUCUAUAGAGUCAGACAGUUACAUGGAAGGAGAAAGUUCAAGUCAGCAAGGUAUCGCUGAUGGCUCUGAGCAGCCCGAGUCAGUAGAAUUUAGUAGCAGAGAGAAAGAGGAUGAUGAAGUGGAAACUGACCAAAACUUGUGGUAUAGCAGGAAAUUUAUUCAACAAAGACACGAGGAAGAGACUGAACACAAAAUGUCCACAUUCAUCGCAAAAUAUAAUUUUAACUUUGGGCACUUGUCAGAGAUCCCAGAGGAGCAGGAAGGCACAGAGGAGUCAGAAGGAAGUGAAAUAGAGAAGCAAGAGGUAGAUGCAAAUGAGGAAAAUGUGGAGGUGCCCGAAGGAAAAGAGGAGAAGGAAAUAGAGAUCCUGUCAGACGACCUUAAAGACAGAACUGAGGAUCAUGAAUUUUCGGAAGACGAAGAGCUAGAGGACAUGGAUGAAAUUGAUGAGUACCUGAAAGGCGAGAAAAAAGUUGCUGCAGAUGAAGCCAGUGACGACUCAGUUGAAAAGGACAAGAAAACCAACCGAGAGGAACGGGCUGUGUGUGAAUACAACGAGAAUCCAAAAGGAAGCAUGUAUGGCCACGCAAAGAGCAGUUCUGCAGAAGACCUGGAAGACACUGCAUCAACAAGUAAAGACCUAAAAAAAUCAAUGAAGCACCAUUUGUUGAGAAGACUACCCUUGCUCCACUGCAUUGCCUUAGCACCUUUGUCACAAAUCAAUUGACCUUAUAAGGGCAGGCCUAUUUCUAGAUUUUGUCUGUUCCAUUCCUCUAUUUGUCUACCUUUAUGCCAAUACCACUCUAUCUUCAUUAAUACAGAUUUUUAAUAAAUCUUGAAGCCAAGGAGUGUUAUUUCUUCAAAUUUGUUCUUUUUUUUCAAAGUUGUUUUUGCUUUUCGAGGUUCUUUGCCUUUCUGUGUUAAUUUUAGAAUCGGCCUGUUCAUUUUUAUUUAAAAAGCCUCCUGAGAUUCGGAUUUGGAUUGAGUUUAAUGGAUAGAUCAGUUUGGGGAGAACUGACAUUUUAACAAUAUCGAGGCUUCUGAUCCAUGAACUUUAAUUUCUCUCCGAACAAUAUUAUAUGGUUUUGGUAUUUAGAUCUUACACAGCUUUGGUGAAAUUUAUCCCUAAAUCUUUCAUAUUUUUAAUGCUAUGGAAAAUGGUAGUAUAUUUAAAUUUCAAUUUUUAAUUGUUUAUAUAGUGUAUAGUAUAAAGAACUCACUUAUUCUCAUAGCUUUUUCACAAAUUCCAUUUGGUUUUCCACAUAGACAAUUAUUUCAUCUUUGAGUACAAAGUUUUGCUUUUUUCUUCUUCACAGUCUGAAAGUUUUAGUUCCUUUUCUUGCCUGAUUGCUCUGGUUAGCACUUACAUUACAAUAUUGAGCAUCCAGUUGAGUGGCAAGUGUGGACAUCAUAAUCUUAGGGGGAAAACAUUUAGUCAUUUGUCACUAAGUAUGAUAUUAGCUGAAAUUCUUUUGUGAAUGUUCUUUAUUGGGUUGAAGAAGUUUCUUUCUAGUCUCAGUUUGCUGACUUUUUUUUUUUUUUUUUUUUUUUUACCAGGAAGGGAUAUUGAAUUUUGUCAAGUACUUUUUCUGUGUGUAUUGAGAUUAUCGUAUAGUUUUUCUUUUAUGGUCUGUUAAUGUGGUGAAAUACGUUGAUUGAAUUGUGGAUGUCAAAACUGGUUUGUAUUCCUAGGAUAAACUCCAUUUGGUCAUUAUGUAUUGUACUUUUUACAUUACAUAUGGUUUGAUUCAAUUUGCUAAAUUUUAAAGAAUUUUUACAUCUAUGUUCAUGAGGGAAAUUAUUCUACAGUUUUCUUUUCUUUUUUUUUUAAUAUCUUUGUCUGGUUUCACUGUCAGAGCAAUGUUGGCCUCAUAGAAUGAGUUGAGACAUAUCUUUUCCUCUUCAGUUUUCUCUGAGUUUAUGAGAAUUGUUAUUAUUUCUUCCUUAAAUGUUAGUUAGAAUUCAGCAAUAAUGUCAGCUGGGCCUGGAAUUUUCUUUGUAGGAAGGCUUUUAACUAUACAUCUUGGCUCUUAAGUGCUAAAGCCUAGGAAUGAUGUAUCACAUUUCUCACAGCCAGAAUCAGCCCCAUGGUUCCACUUAAUUGCAAGCAGGUUAGAAAAUGUAGGGGAGAAUGUAGAUAUUUGGUGAUCAAUAAAUGUCUGUGCCAUAGGGUCUUUGAGAACAUUUAUAGAUAAUUAUGUCUACAUUGAGUAAUUGCUCAAAGUUUACUUCAAAGUCCUAAGAUGUAGGCAGGUUCAUCCCCUCCAACACUGCAUAAAAGCCCAUUGCUUUUAUUGCACAACUCUGGAAAUAAGAUCAUAUUCUCUGUGCUGUGGCUCCAUUCUCUGUUCAGUGGAAACUCCGUUUUCUCUUCCUAUGGCUUCUGCCCCACAAUGGUGAAAGAGAGAAUUUUAUCCAAGUCCAACUUUGGCAGGAAAAAUAAUUUCUAAGUUGGAUCCAAGAUGAAAAUGGUUCCUUAGUCUUAUGGAAACACAAAUACCAUGAUUCUUCCUGUCUUACGUUAUAAAUAUCCCAGUGUCUGCAGCAGCUUCUCUUGGCUGCAGAAAUAUUUAAAUAUUUCAUGUCCAUCAAUAUUUGGGCUGGGAAAUCCCACAAAAGCUUGAAUUUUGUUAAUAUGCCCAUAUUUUUAACACUGAUAUCCUAGGCAUAUCAGAUAAGUUUGAUUAUAAAUUAAAAACUUAUUGUAAGUUGUGUCACUUGGGCCACAUGAUAAGAUGCUGCAACAGAAGCCCUUUUUUCAGUAGCUUAUUCAAGGUGUAUAUUUCUCUCUCAGAUCACAGUUCAGAAUUGUGCUGUCCAAGGUUAAGAAAACUGCUGUACAAUCCUCUGUAUGGGGCUCCCAUUUAUUUCAUAGGAGAUGGCUGCCCAGUUCUCUUCUCCCAGCCAAGAAUAUGGGCAAAGGCUCAAGAGAGCACAUGAACCUUCCAUUGUGAGAAGACAAGUAGAAAUAGCAUACAUUACUUCUACUUACUUCUGAUGACCAAAACUUAGUUUCAUGACCACACCAAAUUGCAAGGGAGAAAGUAUCAUCGUGAGCUGGGAAUCCCCCUGUCUAGGGAAAGCUCGGGAGCUCUAGGGUAAAAGAGACUGGAUAUUGGUGGAAUGUGAUUAGGGUGUCAGAAAUGCACAGUAUCAACAGGGAGGCAGAAAGAAAGGAUUUGGUAAGAAGGAAAAGGAAGGUUGCUUUGGAUGGGGAUGGGGUGCAUGGGGAAAUCAUAGGAAUCAUCACACAUCAUAGAAAUCGUCAAGGCACUGCUCUUGGGUUAAAAAAUAAAACCCCAACCAUUCUGUCAUUUUUCUGUCACUUGUUCUAGAUUCAAGGUCCAAAUGACAAAGAAAUGGUGCCUACCUUACACUGUAUUGGGGAAAUAAGGAAGAAUCAAAUGGAUGUUACCGCCUGAAACCCUUUGGGUGUCCAUAGUUGGAAAGGGAGCCGUUUGGAUUUCCCACCCCAAUACAUUUUUUUAUAAAAGGGAGAUGUAGUUUCCCAGAAAGAAAUUGGGGUACCAUUUGGAAGGGGUGUUGGUCUAUCAUAAGACAUGUCUACUAAAGAUGGAAUACUUGACCCAUCUAGUUUAUUUGGGCAUUCCAAAAACAAGAUUGUGGCUAUUAUAAAAAAAAAGUCACCCUUGUAAAAGCAUACCUUCUAUGCUGCUAGGAUAUAGAUUUUACUGAUGCUUUCUUUGUAAUGUUUCUUGUACCUAGGCCUUCUUCCCCAUUCUUUAUAUGUUUUCUGAGCCUUUUCCUCUGUUGCUUGCACUAUCCCUCCUUGGCUAGGGUGCUAAGGAUGCAUGUAAGAGAAAAUCCUAACUCAACUGAUGCAAACAAUAAGGACGUUUAUUACCACCUAUAUCAAGCAGGCCAGAGUUACAGGUAGGCUCCAGGCACCAUGGAUCUGGGUUCUGGUUCUGUGUUGCUUACAGUUCUCUUCAUUUUCCCCGUGUCCAUAUGUUGGCUCUAGUCACAAGCUGGUCGCAAAAUGGCUGACACAUUCUAGGCAUCACAUCCAUAAAUAACAACAUCCGUGGAAAGAGAGGAACUUCUCUUGUCUUAUGAUUCUUUUAGGAGUAUAGUGGAUGCUGGGAAAUGCUGGCAAUAUCAGGACUGGAGAGCCUGCAGCUGUCGGCCCUUUUUGGAAAUGCUCUUUGUAGAUGAUAACUGCCUGAUUCAUGCCCACCUUCCCUUCCUGGGAGUGGCCAAUAUCCAAUAACUGUGUGUCACGAGUGUAUGAAGGCGCAGCCUCCUCACCCUAACUCAGAACAACUCUACAAGACCAUCUUCAGAGUUGUUUGUUGUGGUGGCUGAGGUCUUCCUAGAGACAAUAUCACAGCUGAACUUCUCCCUCUGCCCCCUCUUGUUGCCGUCUCUUUCGUCCCACAGGUGUUGAUCCUAAGUGCACUCCUUUGUGAACCUCCUGCCUGUUCAUUGUUUUCUCAGAGCUUGCUUUUUAGGGAACAUGAUUUAUAAGAAGAAAUAAAGAAAUCUUUCUGAUAUCCCCUCACAUCUUAGUGUCCUACUGUGUCACAUGCACACCCAUUAAUGGAUCCCUGGGAAGCUGGCACAAUCGGCUUAGGACAAGUAGGAUUUGCCUUUGGAGCAGGCGACGGGGUCAAAUUCCUCUAAAUCUUGUGGAGCAAGAAAUGCACAAAACUGGGGCUCUGCCAGCAGUGAAGAUGUAGAAAAUGGAUAUUGAUUAGCGACCAACAGUGUUUGAGGAAUCAGCUUCUGCCUCUGGGUUGCCCUUCUUACUCCUGGCACUCACUGCCAUAGUCAACUUCCUCAGAGUCUGCCUUGGACAUAUGACUUUCAUGCUUUAAAAAAAAAAAAAAAACCUAAAUGGAUAGACACAGAUUGCAUUACAGAUAAUUUCAAUCUUUUCAUUUUCUUUCUUUUGCUCCAACCCACUCAGAGAAACAACAUAUGCCUAUCGGUCACAAGGGCUUGUUACUAUUUAACUACAGACGGGAUCCUGGAAAAGGAAAGAAACAAGGACAGCCCCCGCAGGGUGCUGCAAAUCAGGCUUUACAGAAGCAGGUGUUUUUCACAACCCUGGGAAGCCACAUUGCAGUCUCCUUAAGCAUCACUCACCUAUAAGUCCUAGGCUCUAGGGUCAAGUACAUAGCUUUUAGUCUGCUCUUCAAGAACCUAUAUAACGUUGGCUCUGAUUAUCCUCUCCCGCUGCUUUUCCCACUGUCCCCUUCCAUGACCCUUCUCCUCCUGUCUUUAUUGCAAUGCACAUGCCCGCUUCCGUGUUUCUGGUCACAUUGUUCCCAGCCUCCAUUCUUCAAAACCUGCCUUGAGCUGCACCUGCUCCAUAAUGGCUUUCCUGACACCUCCGGUCCAUCCUGACGUCUCACUGACCACACCACCCAUAGUGUCACCCAGCACAUGCUCUGAGUUCACAAAGUCUUCUAACCCACUGAAACAUCAAAUAUGGAUACUUCUUUGUUUUAAGAUUUUAUUUUUUUUAAACAGUCUCUAUACCCAACACGGGGUUCAAACCCACAACCCCAAGAUCAAGAGUCGCAUGCCCUACUAAGCCAGGCAGGCACCCCAUCAAAUGCAAAUAUUUCUAUAUGCCUUCCCAGCUUUUGCCCUAAUCACAUUUCGGUAGUCAAGCGAUUCCUGGAUAUGACCACCCUACAAGUUAAUGCCACAAAGACACAGGCUGAAUCACUUUAAGAACAUUACCAGACGAUAAACAAAAGUCUAUGGGGAUGUAGAUGCUGGAGAGUCAAGAGCCAUUCACCGAACAGCUAAGGAUCUAAACCUUUAAAACUCAAGUAAGCGUCUCAGUAAUUUCUCACAAAAAUAAACACAGGGAAUGUGGAAACCCUGAAUGCCGGUAGUCUCUGGUAAAUUCUUGAAGUGUUCCAUGUGGGAGCGACUGAAGUGCAGAAACCCUGUGGUGUAACUCCUGAUAUUUCCGAAGUGCCUUUUCAUAUAGUCACGUUUUUGAUGAAUGAAUGUUAAAUCAUCAGUCCUCAUGCUUCGAGUAAUUAAUAUUAUAGUGAGAAAUGUCACCUCAAAUAAGUAGUACGAAAUUACACAAUUGAAUGUAUUAAAGUGUUCAGCUAAGCUCUCAUGUGUUAGAGUUUCUAAACGUAGUACAAAUAGGAAUUCGUUGGUUUACUUAAAAAGUGUUUUUGGAAUACCUACCAUGUACUCUUUGUUAGUGCUAUAAAGACAAUGAUGAGCAAAUCAGACACCGUCCCUACUUGUAUCAAAGGAAUCGUAGUCUGUCGGGGAGUACAGGUGUCAGUCAAAUACAAAUAUUUACCCAAAUAGAUAAACACUAUGGUAGAUUCAAAUGACUCACACAAAUAGGUACGACAAUAGGUCCAUGCUCAGAAGCACGUGUUUCCGUUAUCUACUGCUGCAUCACGAAUCAUCUCAAAAGGUAGUGGCUUAAAAUAACAACUAUCGUUUAUCUUACAGUUGCAGGGGUUGACCGGGUUCAUCUGCACAGUUCUUGCUCAGGGUCUCUCAUAUAGUUGCAGUCAUACAGUGACUGCGGUUGGAGUCAUUUUGAAGGCUUCCUCACUCCCCUGUCCAGCAGUUGGCGCUAGCUGCUGACUGGGGUCUCAUCUGAGCUGUCAGGUGGCACACCCCUAUGCGAAACCUUCAUGUGGCUUCUGUACAUCAUAGUUGCCGGCUUCUAAGAGUGAGUAUCUCAAAAAAAAAAAAAAAAAGAGAGAGAGACUAGACAAAGCUGUAUCACUUCCUAUGACCUAACCUUGAUCACUUCCGGCAUAGCCACAGACCCACCUUGAUAAAGGGGGGGAGAGUGCAGAGCUCCCUUGAUGGCAGGAGUGUUCAAUGUCACCUUGCGAAGAACCUGAGGGAGGGGGGAGGGGGUAUUGUCGCAGCCAUCUUGGAAAAUACACAGCACAUGAAACGGGCAGACUUAAAACUUAUCUCCUAGGGAGCCUAAGAAAGCUUCCCUGAAUUUCCAUGGAAAGUACAAUCUGAAAGUAAGAUGUUAUCUAGAAUAAGGGGUAGGAAAAGCAAGCAGAAGGACGAGUAUGCGCAAAGACCCUGAGGCAGAAAGAAACAGAACACAGACUGAAACAUCCUGAAUCAAUUCAGUAUAUGUAGAGUUGGAGAUGCAUUCGAACAAUCAAGAGAAGUUAUAUAGUAGGGUCAGGAACACAGAGGGGAGCCCAAGGGAUAGAUUUAUGAGUUCUCAGUGUUCAGCCGGUGAUUAAAGUUCUGAGUGUGGAUGGGGUCACUUAGGGAAAGAGUAUAGAGAGUCUCGUGGAAUUUAACAUUCAGUGGUUGCCCAGAGACUCAUGGGUGGCCAGAGGCUAAGGAGCAUGCAGAGUGGUUGGAGGAAUGACAGUGCAGUGUCCUGGAUGCUAAAUAUUAUUAGUGUUCCUGGAUGUGACAAGUAGUCAUUAGUGUUGGAUGCUUUCGAGAAGUGUAUAAAGAUGAGGACAAAAACACGUCUAUUGAUACAAACAAUAUGCAGUUUGUAAGAGCAGGAGUUAUCUCAGAGGAGCAAUGUGGGACCCAGAUUGGAGCAGGUUGAUAGAGGCAGAGUUCAGACAACUUUUCUGAAAAGGAAAGAGCCGGAAGAAAACGAUACAGUAUGACCAUCAUGCAAUAGCAUGCAUUUGAGAGUAAGGUGUACCAAACAUUAAGUUUCCUUGUACCAGAUCAUACACUCAAGAGACACAUCACUGGUGUAUUCUCCUUCUAAAGAGAAGGGGGCAUGAGGUACAUGAGGAAAGUGCCUACGUCGUAUAUGUUCCAAACAAACAGAAAUUGAACCCACUCCAUCCAGCAAAGAGAGAAGGACUUGAGCAAUGCAGGAAGGCUCAAGCAGCCACCUAAAAAUAUUAAU